UGUCCAACUCCACAGUACAUAGAGGGUACACACUGUGAGACUGUGCGAUGUGCUAAUAAUGCACCAUUACGUACGGAAACCAAUGGCAGCUGGUGGUGUGAUUGUUCGGGUAGUACUUUUUAUUCAGGACGAUUUUGUGAGGAAUUUUCCGCGCCGUACGCAAUAUUUGCGGUACCGUUAGCGUGUUUGUUGCUGUUUGCGUUAUGUAUAGCGGUCUGUCAAAUGGAUCUGUGUCCUCGACGACGUCGAGCUUCACGUCAUUUCCGACAUUCGGCCGAAACCGGUCAAGCGCAUGCACCGCCUCGCACUCGUCGUCGAACGCCUGUUGGAGCGCCGUCGAGGCCUCGAACAGGCCAGACAUCAUCUCAACGGGCAGCUGUCACUCAGCAACUUCUCAUAGCUGAAGAUAGAGGGUUGUGUCGACGGGGCGUGGCAUAUCCACAAGGUAUUGUUGCGCCGUACGUGAUUCGACUCGAUACGAUACCUCACUUCAAUCCACAUAUGAUAGGUGGAGUCGAGCCAAUACCGAUAGCGAAACCAAUGGAUCCCCCGCCCUCCUAUGAACAAGCCGUUUCUGCGCCUCCAGUACCUCAACCGCCAAGUUACACGGAAACAGCAAAC